UCUGACUCAGGCCUUUUCCUGUCCCCAACAGCCACCCUUGCUUAGGCCUGAAACACGGAGCACUGCUCAGGGCUGUCCGUGGCCUCCCGUGGCCAGCUGAGCCUGCUCUGCAGCGUCAGGCCUGAUUCCAAUGGGCUCCAGAUGAGGAAACUGAGGCCCAGGCAGCGGGAGAGUGGUUGUGCCCAGGACACGCAGUUGGUGGAUGCAGAUGACGUCAUGACCAAAGAGGAACAGAUCUUCCUGCUGCACCGAGCCCAGGCCCAGUGUGAGAAGCGGCUCAAGGAAGUCCUGCGGAGGCCAGCCAACAUAAUGGAGUCGGACAAGGGCUGGCCAGCGGUGUCCACCCCAGCGAGACCCAGGAAAGAAAAGGCAGCUGGGAAGCUCUACCGCGAGUCCCAGGAAGACAAGGGGGCGCCCCCUGGCAGCAGGCACAGAGGGCGUCCCUGCCUGCCCGAGUGGGACCACAUCCUGUGCUGGCCGCUGGGGGCGCCAGGAGAGGUGGUGGCUGUGCCCUGCCCGGACUACAUCUAUGAUUUCAACCACAAAGGCCAUGCCUACCGCCGCUGUGACCGCAAUGGCAGCUGGGAGCUGGUGCCCGGGCACAACCGGACGUGGGCCAACUACAGCGAGUGCUUCAGCUUCCUGACCAACGAGACUCAUGACCGGGAGGUGUUCGACCGCCUGGGCGUCAUCUACACCGUGGGCUACUCCGUGUCGCUGGCCUCCCUCACCGUGGCGGUGCUCAUCCUCGCCUACUUCAGGCGGCUGCACUGCACGCGCAACUACAUCCACAUGCACCUGUUCCUGUCCUUCAUGCUGCGCGCCGUGAGCACCUUCAUCAAGGACGAGGUGCUCUACUCGGGCGCCACGUUCGAUGAGGCCGAGCGCCUGGUGGAGGAGGAGCUGCGCGCCAUCGCGCGGUCACCCCUGCCGCCCCCCGCCGCCGCCGCCGGCUACGCGGGCUGCCGGGUGGCGGUGACCUUCUUCCUCUACUUCCUGGCCACCAACUACUACUGGAUCCUGGUGGAGGGCCUGUACCUGCAUAGCCUCAUCUUCAUGGCCUUCUUCUCAGAGAAGAAGUACCUGUGGGGCUUCACGGUCUUCGGCUGGGGUCUUCCUGCCGUCUUUGUGGCCGUGUGGGUCAGCGUCAGAGCCACCCUGGCCAACACCUGGUGCUGGGAUCUGAGCUCCGGAAACAAGAAGUGGAUCAUCCAAGUGCCCAUCCUGGCGUCCGUCGUGCUCAACUUCAUCCUCUUCAUCAACAUCGUCCGCGUGCUGGCCACCAAGCUACGGGAGACAAACGCCGGCCGCUGCGACACGCGGCAGCAGUACCGGAAGCUGCUCAAGUCCACGCUGGUGCUCAUGCCGCUCUUCGGCGUCCACUACGUCGUCUUCAUGGCCACGCCCUACACCGAGAUCCUGGGCACGGUCUGGCAGAUCCAGAUGCACUACGAGAUGCUCUUCAACUCCUUCCAGGGCUUCGUGGUUGCCAUCAUAUACUGCUUCUGCAACGGCGAGGUGCAGGCUGAGAUCAAGAAAUCAUGGAGCCGCUGGACCCUGGCGCUGGACUUCAAGCGCAAGGCUCGCAGCGGGAGCAGCAGCUACAGCUAUGGCCCGAUGGUGUCCCACACGAGCGUGACCAACGUGGGGCCCCGUGCCGGACUUGGCCUGCCCCUCAGCCCCCGCCUGCUGCCCGCAGCUGCCACCAACGGCCACCCCCCGCUGCCCGGCCACACCAGGCCAGGCACCCCUGCCCUGGACCACUCAGUGCCAGCCGUGGCUGCGCCCAGGGACGAUGGCUUCCUGAACGGCUCCUGCUCGGGCUUGGACGAGGAGGCCUCGGGGCCCGAGCGGCCCCCUGCCCUGCUGCAGGAGGAGUGGGAGACGGUCAUGUGACCGGCGCCUGGGUCGGACCUGCUGACAUGGAGGACAGACUGAUGGACCAAGAGACGGGUGCCUGGACGGCUGCCCACUCAGGGCUGGGGCUGGGAGGAAAAACAGGAAAAAGAAAAAGGAAAAAAAAAAAAAGAAAAAGGGAAAAG